AGCAGAGGCACCUAAGAAGCAGAGUGAGGAGGUAUUCAUGGCCGGCGCCGGAGGAGAUCGCCGCCGCCGCCGCCGCAGUCGCCGGCGCUUGUCCUUCCGCAUCCCUCGAGGAUGGGGAGGAGGUUGGAAGGAUUUUUUUUAAUAUACCGUCGGCAUCAGCAUAGUCUGUACAAACCCAAUAUUAUCAAUAUCUUGCUGGCUCAGUGUAUCGCUAGUGUUUCCGGAUCAAAGCGUGCUGCCAGAUCUAAGCGCAGCUGUUACCAACGACUGUCGCGUCACACAUCUCCCAAGAUUGGACGGGACCUAACAGUCAAAUAAACAAUUCCGUUUUUUUUUCUUUUUAUAUCUAGAAAUUUUAUUGUCUUGUUAGAGACACAUCUGUCAUCUGGGUUGAUUUUAUUUUAUAAGCAUUUUCUGCAGACAAUUUGGUGGAGUGGAGAUUGUUUCGUUUCCAAGUUCAUUCUAAGCAGAAACCAUGGGAGCAGAGCAGAUCGACAAAUCGCCAACUAGGAUUAUUGUGCUCAAUUGCCUAUGUGGAGAAUUUGUGUUAGUAGUGAUGGGUCUGUACAUGGGCGCCGCCACCGCUGGGAUCUUCAUGGCAAAUCCCGCUUCCCUCGACCUCCUUGCUGCUGACGCAGGUACAUGUACAGGCACGAAUGUGGACCUACAUGAACAGAACACUCGCGAUCUUGUUAUGCUCCUUGCUACUCUUGUGGUGACCAUCACUUACCAAGCAGGACUAGAUCCACCUGGCGGCCUUUGGCUAGAUGACCGAGAUGGUCAUAAUAUCGGUCACCCAGUGCUCCAGACGACACAUCCUACUAGGUACAGAGUGUUCUUCUAUAGCAACUCGGCAGCUUUUGUCACAUCCUUGGUCAUCAUCAUGAUGCUCCAGAGCAAGUUUCUGCUCAACCGGCACACAUUAGAAGCAACCCUGGUGCUGGACCUAUUCGGCCUCAUCACUGCCUAUGGCGCCGGGAGCACGGAGGUAACCCAAUCCAUCUACAUCGUCGCCUUGGCAGGAAUUGUCCUAGUCUAUGUCAUCGUCCAUAUCACCAUUAGAGAUCAUGACCCUGAGCCAGUGGGUGAUCAUGCAGUAAAGCAUCUCGAUGACAAGCGCAAGGUACUGUUGCUGGUCGCUAUCUUGGCCGCCACCCUCACAUACCAAGCUGGCCUCACCCCGCCAGGUGGCUUCUGGUUAGCAGAUGACCGAGAGCUCGGUCGCCGUGCGGGUUUCCCAAUCCUCCUUGACAAUUACACUCGCCGUUACAACACAUUCUUCUACUGCAACGCAGCGAGCUUCAUGGCGUCUGUAACCCUCAUCCUUCUUCUUGUCAAUCCAAAGCUAUACAGGCCAGGCAUACGCUGCCGUGCCCUCUAUGUGUGCAUGCUGGUGGGCAUGUUUGGCCUCAUGGGUGCCUAUGCUGCUGGAAGCUCCCGGAAUCUCAAGACCUCCGUCUAUGUAUUGAUCUUGGUUGGUGCAGUGCUAGCCUUCAUAGCCUCGCUGCUAGCCAUUUUCUUGUUGGUGCCUUAUCUCAAAUCCAAAGGAUGUAGAGUUUUCUGCUUCGUCCCUUUUGGCCAAUCUCAAAAAGGUACAGAAGUGCAAGUUGAAGCAGGUCGUAGCAGCAGCAAAUCCCAUAAAGGUACAGAUGAGCAACUUGAAGCAGGUCAUAGCAGCAGAAAAUCCCAUGAAGGUACAGAUGAGCAACUUGAAGCAGGUCAUAGCAGCAGAAAAUCCCAUGAAGGUACAGAUGAGCAACUUGAAGCAGGUCAUAGCAGCAACAAAUCCCAUGAAGUUACAGAUCGGCAAGUUGAAGCAGGUCAUAGCAGCGGCAACAAAAAUAGCAGCGAAAAGAAAGAAAAACUUCAAUACUUGAUGCUGCUAGGGAUCCUGGCUGCAAGUAUGACAUACCAGACUGGCCUAAAACCACCGGGUGGCCUAUGGCAGGACAACAAUGAUGGGCACUAUGCUGGCAACCCCAUUCUCCGUGACAUCAACAAGGACAGGUACAAUGCUUUCUUCUACAGCAACUCCGCCUCCUUCAUGGCCUCAAUUGUGGUCGUCGUCAUGCUACUUCCAUUGACAUUGUUCCCUGAGAAAUACACAACAAAGUCAUCCAAGAAAGACACAAAGUCAACCGGCGAGGACACGAAGUCGCUCGACAAAAUCACGAAGCCGGCCAAGAAAGACCCGAAGCUGACCGAUAAAGACAAGGAGUCGCCCGAAAAAGACUCAUGGCCACUCUGGCCGAUGCAUACGGCCAUCUUGCUGGACAUGAUGGGCCUCCUGGUGGCAUACGCAGCAGGCAGUACUAGGAAAUGGGAAACAUCCAGGAACAUCAUGGUCCUCAUCGUUCCUCUGUUGGCCUACAUUGGGCUCUACGCAGCACUGUCGGUCCUCCGCCAUAGAGAAGAAGAGCCCACAGCCUCCCAACCUACGGUGCAGCCGUUGAAUCAUUGCAAGACGUGCAGGAGGAACUGUGGGUGUGUAAAUUUGCAACCGAGUUAGGCUCAACUGCGAGCCUCCUGUGUACAUUCCAGAUAUCGAGUUAUUUAUUCAUAUGUUUUCAGCGUGA